GGGGGCGGGCGCGGCGGCAGGGGAGCGUGGCGGAAGAAUCUGCGAGGCUGCGCUGUGUGACGCGGCCCGCUGGCCACCUUGACUCGGUGCCGGCGGAGGAGCCGCUCAGAGAGGUGGAGACUCUCCGAGAGGACUGACGUUGUGUGGGAGCCGGGCAGAUAACAAAUCUCAGCAGCCAUGUCUAAGCAACACGGUGAUGCAGGAACUGCUUUCAUCCAGACUCAGCAGUUGCAUGCUGCCAUGGCAGACACAUUCCUGGAACACAUGUGCCGUCUGGACAUUGACUCUGAACCAAUCACUGCAAGAAACACUGGCAUUAUCUGCACAAUUGGCCCGGCUUCCCGGACAGUGGAAAUACUGAAAGAAAUGAUUAAAUCUGGCAUGAAUGUUGCCCGUCUCAACUUCUCUCAUGGAACACAUGAGUAUCACGAAGGAACAAUCAAGAAUGUACGAGAAGCUACUGAGAGCUUUGCUUCUGAUCCUAUUACCUACAGACCUGUUGCUGUUGCACUGGAUACCAAGGGACCUGAAAUUCGAACUGGACUCAUCAAAGGUAGUGGCACAGCAGAAGUAGAGCUUAAGAAGGGUGCCGCUCUUAAAGUGACUCUGGACAAUGCCUUUAUGGAGAAAUGCGAUGAAAAUGUACUGUGGGUGGACUACAAGAAUCUCAUCAAAGUUGUAGAUAUUGGCAGCAAAAUUUAUGUGGAUGAUGGCCUUAUUUCACUUCAGGUUAAGGAAAAAGGUGCGGACUAUGUAAUCACUGAAGUUGAAAAUGGUGGGAUGCUAGGAAGCAAAAAAGGUGUAAAUCUCCCAGGUGCUGCAGUCGACCUUCCUGCUGUUUCUGAGAAGGACAUCCAGGAUCUAAAAUUUGGUGUAGAACAGAAUGUAGACAUGGUAUUUGCCUCCUUCAUCCGCAAGGCAGCUGAUGUUCAUGCUGUCAGGAAUGUGCUCGGAGAAAAGGGAAAGAACAUCAAGAUAAUUAGCAAGAUUGAAAACCAUGAGGGAGUACGCAGGUUUGAUGAAAUCAUGGAGGCUAGUGACGGUAUCAUGGUAGCUCGUGGCGAUCUUGGUAUCGAGAUUCCUGCUGAAAAAGUCUUCCUUGCCCAGAAAAUGAUGAUUGGUCGUUGCAACAGGGCUGGCAAGCCAAUCAUCUGUGCCACUCAGAUGUUGGAGAGCAUGAUUAAGAAACCACGUCCAACACGUGCAGAGGGGAGUGAUGUAGCCAAUGCUGUCCUGGAUGGAGCAGACUGCAUCAUGCUCUCUGGAGAGACUGCUAAAGGAGACUACCCUCUAGAGGCUGUCCGCAUGCAGCACCUUAUUGCUCGUGAGGCUGAGGCCGCAAUCUUUCACCGUCAGCUGUCUGAAGAACUUUUACGCAUCACUGCUAACAUCAGGGACCCUGCUGAUGCCAUGGCUGUAGGCGCUGUGGAGGCUUCUUUUAAGUGCUUAGCUGCAGCUGUGAUAGUUUUGACAGAGUCUGGCAGGUCUGCUCACCUGGUGUCAAGGUACCGCCCACGUGCUCCCAUCAUCGCUGUGACCCGCAAUGAUCAGACAGCACGCCAGGCCCAUCUCUACCGUGGCAUUUUCCCUGUUCUGUGUAAAGAGCCUACCCACGAUGCCUGGGCAGAAGAUGUUGACCUCAGAGUUAACCUAGGCAUAAAUGUUGGCAAAGCUCGUGGAUUCUUCAAGACUGGUGAUCUGAUCAUCGUGCUGACAGGAUGGCGCCCUGGCUCUGGCUUCACCAACACCAUGCGUGUGCUGCCAGUACCAUAGACAUCAAGCCUAGCAACCUUCUCCCUCUCCUCCUGUCUCACCACCUUCCUCCUGCAUUAGACCAGCAACUGCUUGCAAUAUUGUCCUUGUUUGUAGAGUGGAUAGAGGCUGCCAAAAACCACCAAGCGCAGUAAUUGAGGGGAAGAGAAACGAAGUCUAGAAAUACUUGAAAUAGUUCUGAUAAAGCAGAGCCUUUCCCUAUCUUCCCUUCCCGAGACUACCCUGCCUUACGUGUUGGGAGCCACUCUUGAGUGUCUAGCCUGACAAGUUGGGCUGUCUUCUGUAACUUUUUAGGAUGCAGAGAAGUGGGGCAGUCCGGGGUAGUCCAGGUCAGCCAGUCAGUCUGGCAAGACACUCUUGCAGUGGCUUGAUGUCAUACCUGCCCUCCCCACCCCCCUUUACUCCCCCAAAGGCUCCUUUCUGUAGGUCUGUACUGUCGGGUCUCCACUGAAACGCUCCAGUUAGGAGCAAUACUAGGCCAUAGCUGUCUAGCUCUUGCAGCAUCUCUGUAGUCUUGCUGUGUCCCUGUGGGUACACUGGGGUUCUUGGUUACACAAUAAACCAAAUUGUACCACACAGAUAACUGAUACCCAAAUCUACACUCCAAUAGGUGGUGAUAGAAGGCAUCACAUGCUUACCCUUUUAAGAUCUGGAAAACCGGUUUUUAAAGCUGCUGCUGUACUUUUCACAGAAGUGCUGGAAUAGGGGAUUGAACCUGAGUAUCUGCCGGGUGCUUUUGUACCAGGAGUUAACUCCAGGCACAGAUUGCAUUAAGUUGGAUAUGUUGGAAAGAAAGCAGGCAGAUCGCAUGUAUGGUACUCGAAGGGCUGAGCAGUGCAGCCAAAAUUGUUCCACGCAAUGCACUCCCAUAACUUGAGCUGCUUGUGCACCUGUUGCAGUGUUGUGUUUUGUGUUGAAGUUGAGUCAUGUUUCCUGAGAGCACUAUCCUCUGUACAUCUGGAUAAGUUACCUACUGUAACAGGUAUCAGGUUGUAGAGUACAACUUUGUACAUCAAUAAAGCAGAGCUCACACACCUA